AUGGCCGAGAAAGAGCACGAGUCCCAUUCGAAUGGCACAAUCCGUUUCGAGGCGCCCGACGCCGCUUCGACGCUCGAAGGAACGGGCGUGCUCGUCACAGGCGGGGCAACAGGAGUGGGCGCAGCCAUGGUCACGGCGCUGGCCAAUGCCGGCGCAUACGUGACCAUUGCCGAUAGCGUCGCGAACGAAGGCCAACGCCUGAUGCUGGACUUGGUCAACCAGAACAAACACGUCCAAUACCUCCACACACCCCUUUCAUCCUUCCGCUCGCAGACGGAAACCUUCGCCCACGCCUCCGCCUUCUCCCCAACCGGCGCCCUCUCCCUCGUCAUCAUCAACACCCUCCCCCCCGAUUCGUCCCCUUCUUUCGCGCCCGCCGACUCGCUGUUCGACUGGCUCGCCAACCCCCCUUCGGUCCCGGGCUUCCCGCCCACUUUGGGGCCUCCGCCGACCGCUCCGCUCGACCUCAGCGUGACCGCCGUGCUGUACUCGGUGCAUCUGGCGUUCCAUCAUUUCAAGGCUGCUGCUGCUGCUGCUGAUGGUGCGGGUGCGAAGGCGGGGAGAGAGGAAGGCGGCAGCAGUGCUUCGGCGCGCGUGAAUGCGGAGAGGCAUAUCCUUUUUCUAGCGCCCCGGGCGUACGUCGAUGAGGGUGGGUUGGGGCCGGGUGUGCUAGCAUCCGGUGCCGCGGCGGCCGGGCUGAGAGCUGUGUUCAAGGACUUGAGGGGCGUGGUGCAAAGGGGCGUGCCAGGCUUGGAUGGGUCAGGCGUGAGGGUUAAUUUGGUGGCGGUCGGGGAGACGGUAAAGAGUGAUGGUAUCAACGGCGGCGGAGCUAAGGUGGAAGGCAGAAUGAGUGCGGCGAAGAAGGUCAAGGUCGAUGGAGUGCUGCUGGAAGAGGAAGAUGAGGAGAAGUAUGUGGCGUGUGUGGAUGCGGUCAUGCGAGUGGUGUAUGAUGGCAAUCUACAAGGCUGUGCUCUGGCCGUCUCAAAUGAGAGUGUGCAGGGCGUGAAUAUCUAA